AUGUUGUUUUUUCAGGAACAACGUCUGACGCAGUCGCAUCGAACUAGCUCCGAGACUACACUAAAUCGACAAAGUGGUGAAAAGAAUAAUAAAUCCCUACGUUUCGAACCACCGCCAGCACCAGCACACCCCCAAAAAAAUCCUGCUGCUAAUCGCUCAGAGCGAACACAUGUCACACCUUCAUUGAUUUCCGUGAAUUUCACUACAGAACCAGUGCGAAGUGAGCAUCAACCGUCAACUAACGGAGGUGGACGGUCACGAGACAUCUUACGGGGCCCCGACGAGGAUUAUCCGGAACGGUUGAUGAGCCCACCUCCUACAAAGGAGCCACGAUCAAUAAUCAAACAAGGCUAUUACAGUAGUCAACAGAGAUCAAUGGCUAAUCCCUUUGAAGACGAUUAUAAAAGCAGCAGUGCCACAAAGAACACAAAGUUGAGAAACUGUACGCACACAGACAAUAUCGAAGAUGAGGCUGAUUAUUACGAGAAGGAGAUUGAAAAGUACAUGCAGGAAUCUCUAGACAGCACUGAAAGAUCUCGACAUCAUUUGGAGAAUCCCGAAAAGAGCGGAACUCAAACUGCUCAGGAUCUACUUGAACAACGCGAAAAGCUGGAAAGAACUGAACGUAAUUUGGAUGAAAUUCAUGGAACGACACAGGUCACGCAACGUAAUCUUAACAGUUUGAAGUCUGUGUUUGGUGGAUUCUUUAAGAAUAAGUUUAGCUGGAACCCACCGGAGUCAGUCGCUGAGAUACCACAAUCCAUGUCUGCCUCUAAACUUGCUGAUACUGUUGGAAACCUAAGUAGGGGAGGUUCUUCAGCCUCCUUCUCUGGAACGUCCUCAGCAAAGCCAACACUUAGCGAGUCGAGCAGAAACGCCAUCAAAGGAACACGCUGGGAGGCAAUGGAUAAUCAGAUCGACGAGAAUCUCGAUAUGAUGUCCAAGAGUCUUCGCAGUUUGCGACUUUUGGGUGAGGACUUAGGCCGUGAAGUUGACGAGCAGAACCAAAUGCUAGAUCGAAUUCAGACCAAAGUUGAUCGCAAUGAUGCUAUCGUACGUGUACAGGAUAAAGAGGUGAGAAUUGUUUUCUAG